ACAACACUACGCAGGUCUUCCCUUCAGUGACCAACGACACCAACAAUCCUCCCCAUCACUACCUCUCUCCCUCCGACUCCCACCACUUCCUCCCUCCGCCAACUCCAGACCCCUGUCCUCUCCAUUGUCCUUGGCCAAACAACCUGCGGGACGUGACUCUCACAUCAUCCUGCAUCCCGUCUCCCCCAUCCCCCACCCCCCCGUCUCUAUCCGUCUGUGCCUUAAGGAGCCUCCUUCGCCUCCCUCGUCUACAAAUGUCCAGCAACCCCCACGAUUUCGGUGACCCUAAUCGACAGGGACAGUAUCCGCUGCCUCAGUGGAACGCUAGUCAACCUGAGGAUACCGCUCCUGCUCAUUAUCCACCGCCCUCUCAGUACCCUUAUCCUCCUGCCUCAUAUCCUCCUCCGCCGUCAGAUCAUCCUUUCGCUCCACCCUCGUCGCAAUACCCGCCGACCUCGAACAUGGCCGCGAUUCACCCGCCAGAUCCUUAUCGCCUUCCGCCGCCCCCCGGUGCCUAUCGUGGCCCAGACGUAUACGCCCAGGGUCCACCGCCACAAGUUGUCUACCAAGCUGCCGCUCCGCGGCAGCGGACCGCGAUUGCUUGCCGUUACUGUCGCCGACGCAAGAUUCGGUGUUCCGGUUUCGAACAUUCCCAGGAUGGACGUUGCAGCAAUUGCAUCCGCUUUAACCAAGAGUGCAUGUUCACUCCCGUCUCGUCGCAAGCGCAGGCGUUCGUUCCGGCCCAUGCCGCCUACCCGCACUUGAGGACCGCCCAGAACUCUGGUCGUCCCAACGCGCAGGGUGUUGUGCUGUAUGGUGCCCACGGGCAGCCCCUGCCUCCACAACAACAGCCCCAGCCGUCGCCGGAUACGACUCUCCCCCCGCCGCCAGGACUGUACCAGCACCCAGGCUAUGGUGGCGCUGCACCUCUUGGGUCUGUCCCGCCAGAACAACGAUCGGGUGGUCGCCGCGGUUCUGGCUCUGGAUUCGAAUAUCCUGACCCUACCAACCUCGCCCCAGUAACACCAGCCACAUCAGCCUCGGGAUAUCAAACCCAUCCGGCCCCGAGCCCGUACUACCCUCCUCCCCACGAUCGCCGCCCUUCGCCUCAAUCGGCCUACCCCUACGAUAACCGUCAUUCCUCCUCUCCCCACAGCUCGCCGUACCCUGCAGUACAACCAACCGCGAUGACGCCUCCGCCUACAUCCACCCCCACUGGAUCGUCGCGCGGGGGACUGAAUGUUCGCGACAUGUUAAACCCCGGCGACGGCCAAGGUCGCUCGAGCACGGAUAGCGACAUGCUCAACGCCUUGAACCGACGAGGUUUGAAUCAAUAAUUUUCGCGAACACAAUAUGACAUGACUGGGGAAGAGAACGGCGCGGUUUAAUGUGAGAAAUGGGAUUUUGAAGACAUAC